CCGCUGCAUGUCUCACGGCGGGCGCUGGGCCAUGCCUGGAAGGAGGCCGCGGGAGGAGGACAGUGACUCCUCCUACGGCGCCUACGAGAACGUCAGCUUCACCAGGACGCCGACGGAGGCUGACGGCGAUGGCGGACGCAGAGGGCGGGGCAAGAGGAGCGAGAGGGAUGAGGACCACACUGCCCAUGACGCCGAACACGGAGAGGAGAUUGCGUGAGCGGUCCCUGGUGGAGGUUCGGCAGCAGCUGACGGACGCCACGAACGUCGCCGGCCGCGCCCUGGCUGCCGGGGCGAAGAAGGGUCUGCAGACGCUGAUGCAGCCGAUGGAGCCGACGGAGUUCGGCUGGUUCGACGCCCUCACCGCCCUCAUCUCCGUCGGGAUGUUCUACUUCGACGUCGUCUCCGACUCGCUCCUCGCCUACUCCAUGUACAGCGACCCCUCCACACAGAACUGGUUCCUGUCCACGGUGCUGCUGCUGGUAAUCCCGAUGGUGGUCGUCAACGGGUUCAGCGUCUACUGGUACUGGUUCGACGAGAAGGUGUGUGAACCGGAGGGCAUGUGCUACAAGACGCCCAGGGUGUCGCCGGCCGUGUGGGCGUUCAGGAUCAUCUCGCAUAUCCUUCUGCAGGCGAAUGUCCUGAGGUACAUGGACUUGCUUUACUACGGCUACAAGAGUCGGCGGAAGGGGCAGGUGUGCUCGGAGGCGAAGGCGGGACCAGAACACCCGGAUAAAUUCUCUCUGGCGGCGGACAGGUUCAAGCACAAACAGGGCCUCGCCAACGCUCAGUCGACGGGAGGCCACAACUACCAUAAGCUGUGGAUCCACGCUGAGAGGGACGCGGCCAACGUGGACCUGCUGGCGUCGCUCCUGCAGGACGCGCCUCAGCUAAUCCUGCAGCUGUAUAUCAUGGCCCAAACCAUACCUGCGCAGGCGCUGCAGGGGGAGAUCAGCCAGACGUUGAUGUUCCAGAUCCUCUCCGUCGCCGCAUCGCUGGUGGCCAUGUCCUGGUCCGUGUCCUCCUUCUCGAGGUCGACCCGCCUCUCGGAGCCGACGAUGGGCAACCUCAGUCCCGCGGGGCUGCUCGUCCUCACCCUCGGCCACUUCUGCUCCAUCGCCCCGCAGGUUUUGUGUUUUGCUCUUUUCUCCACCAAAUACAUGAUCAUAUUUGUGGUGGUGAUAUCCUGCCACUGGCUGGCUGCCAGCUUCUUUGUUAUUGUUCAGGUCGUGUGCUGUUCGAACCCCGUCCGCCUGGGGGCAACCUUCACUCACGACGUCCGGAAGGGCCCCUGCAGCCGCGUGGACGACGUUGCCUUCAGCGCCUCCUUCGGGUUGGUUCUCCUCUACACGUUCAUUGACGUCGGAGGAGCUGCGCCCAAGAUCCAGGGCUCCGUGUUCCACUUCCUCAGACUCGUCGAAGAGGCCUGCAUGAUCACAUUCUGGUACUUGGCAACCGACCAGGACAUGUGGUACCACUGGGUCCCCCUCGCCAUGGUCCCCGGGUUCUUCGUUGUGGGCGUCCUCCUCGUGUGCGUCUACUACUUCUGCACCCACCCAGACCGCCGGAACAGGAGUCUUACGGUCUGACAGUAGUAGGAGGGCCUUAGAAUGUUAGAAUCAGGUAGAACUAGUCACCCACAAAGUGGUUCUGGUUAAUCUCAAUAAAACUGGCUUCACGGAUGUGUAAAGGAACGUUGGGGUGAUGCUAAGAUUAUUAAAAGGAAUGUUGAGUUGAUUACUAAAAGCGAAUGGAGGGUGUGUGCUCGUGUGCGAAAUCUCAAAUGGUGCAAUGUUAAAUGUGCAAGAAUUAAGAAGAAAAAUCACAUUGACUGACAAGACAUAAUUUUAAAGGUUUCUUGUACGUGAUGUCAGUAAAUGGUUACAAUGUCAGCUGAUGUUAACAAAAUAUCUAGAUAAACUCAAUUACAAAUAAGCAUGUUUUUACGGGAAAGUGUGAUAUAUAUGUACUUUUUUCUUUUUUCCUUUGAUGGCUUCAGGAUAUUAUCCUUUGCCAAAUACUUUAAACCUUAAGGUAUUAUUAAGGACUUUUUCAGUAUUUUCGAAGGACCUGUAUUAGUGUAGGAAACUUGCUAAAUAUUUUGAUACGAUUCUGAUAUUUGAUAUACCGAAGUAUUCAGAACAAACACCACUUGUUUCUUGACUGCAUUUCCUUUUAUAAAGUUAUAAUGGUCAACAGAAUACAGUGUACAUGUAGACGUCUAGAAAAGGGUGGCACGAGCAGUUUUUGCAUUCUGUCUUUUUUAUGUGAAAUUUUGUGAUGAAAUAAAUAUUUUGUUGUGUUAA